AAAACAAAAAAAAAAAAAAAAAAAAAGUAAAUAAUAGGAUAAUAUUGAUCACACAAGUAGUGCUGUAAUUAAUAAAUAAUAAGUACACAGAACACAUGGCUGAACACAUUGUUAUUUCUUAAAUGCUAUUUUGAUUUUCAGAAAAGGUAAUUCUAUAAAAGCUUUGGGCUUUGACAUACCGUGUAGUUGCAUUUAAUUUUAAUUUUUAAUAUUAUGACAUGAAAAUUGCCGGAAGAUAAAUCAGUCCGAGCUCAAAUAUUUUUGAUUUUAUGAUUUUAUCAAGGAAUUUAAUAUACGAGAUGGCUAGUAGAAGUAGUACAAAAGACACUAAACAGUGACUGAGACUGUGACUAAGUCAAAGACAACUGAGUGAGUACUCAGUAGAGUUGCUACACUAAAUAAAUAGAGGAACAACAUUAACAUCAUUAUAUUUAUAUGAUGAAUACGUUAUUAUUAGCCUAAACUUUAGGUUGAAAAGACAGGACAAUUAAAAAUUUUAAAAUUAAAAAGGACCUUUGGGCUAUAAUAAAGUAGAGUAUAUACCUUCUCGGCAAACAGUACACAAAAAAAAAGCUUUAUUUUUUUAAAGGAGAAUAAAGUAACUGUUGUUUCUUUUUGUAUUGUUAAAAUAAUAUAUUUUUAUUUUGUAAUUUUUAACUGAAUGCCAAUGCAAUAUUACAACUCAGGACUAACCUAAACAUGUGUCAAUUGUGUCUCAAAAACCAGUACUGGAAAAAAAAUGAUUAAAUGACGAACUAGUUGUAGUAGGCCCAUUGACAUAUUACUGUUAAGAAAAAAUCAACUCAACUUAUUAUAAAACUGAGUCACCCAGUCGUUAAUGACAGACUAAACCCCCCCCCCCCCCCCCCCCCCUUUUUUUUUUUGCAGAACAAAAAAUCCUGUGGGUGCCCAUUGCCCAGGUCUAUGCAAAUCUGACGUAUUAAGCCAAUUUAAACUUGUUGAUUAGCAGAAUCAGAGCAACAGAGAGAUUGGUAAAUUUUAAAUAUUGAACUAAUGAAUGAGUAGAAGUGCAAAGAUGCCAAGACUGAAGUUUGUGAAUAAAAUUAUUAUUAAAAUUUUUAAAAAAAAAUUCUUAAUUGUGCUUAGGAUUUAUUAGCAGACUGGCAAAGAGGAAUUUGAAAUUCAAAGGCAAAGAUUAGGCCAUCCCUUUCUAGGACACCACCUAUUCAUAACUAAAUGCUUAUCUUGAUCUCUAUUUAUAAUUUAACUUAGUAGUUUGGUCUAGGACAACUUAUCAUCUCUACAAUUAAAUUUGUAACUAAUGCUUAAAUAUGACAUAAGUAUGCUGAUGCUGCUACCAUUAGCCUUUAUGUUUAAAGCUUUAUUAACUUUAGGCCUAUUCUAAAACAAAACUACCCCAGUGACCUGAUUGUGACACUACCUGCCUUCUUGGAAGUGUAAGUGGGGUUGGAGGGGACAAAAAAAUUUGUACAUGAGACCUUGAGGAACCCUUUCUGUCACAUUUACAAAUAAGCCAGCAAAUGACAUAGUGGCAGCUGAUUUUUAUCAUCAACUUACAGUGCGCUUACUUAACUACUCAGACACAAUCAGUGAAAUUUUUGUGCUGUAUUUAAUUUGUACUUUCACCAGUUUAAACAAAAUUUGACUACAAUGCAUUGCUUUAGAAACUACUUAUUAUCAAGGAAAUAUUGUGUAUGUAAAUGACAUAGACAUGAUCCUUGCACUAUGCAUUAAUAAAGACUUACACUAUAUACUACAUGAGGAAAUGUUCCCCACUCCUAAAUGGACCAAUGAUAACUUAUAUUUAAUUUCUUAAUAAUCACAACAUAUAUAUAUAUAUCUGUAUAUCUAUAUCUAUAUAUAUUAUAUAAUACAUCAUUGUAUAAAAAUUUAUACCAUUUUUUUUGUCCUGCACUUUCUGUAGACUGCCUUCAUUGACAAUGGCCCCCAAGAAUCCACCACCUCUGGUCACUGGUGUGUCACCUAAGGAAGGUCCUCCAGGAACACGAAUCACUAUCAGAGGAGAACACUUUGGAGAUGAUCCUCGAGAUCUCAUUGGUAAGGAGCAGGUUCAGAAAUACAUUUUGUAUAUUGUGCAUUAGUGUGAGAAUCAUGUGCAUGCAUUACUUUAAAAAAAAUUAACUAACUAGAGCAAGAUGAACUCUGUGCAAAAAUAUUUCAAAGGUAAAGUAAUUUGCAUUAUAAAAAAAAACAACACCUUAUAUGUUUAAAGAUAAGUAGUGAAAGUCUAGGUCAGAAAUGGGGAUGUUGGCAAGGUGGAUGCACACUCUGCACUGUCUGCAUAUUCAAAUUAGAAUUAAAAUUAUUUUACAGAAUAUAAAAAUGUGUCAUUUAGUUGACAUUUUUUUUUUUAUUGACCUGCUUGAUCAUAAUAUACUAAAUAGUACAAAAGAAGAAUGCACUCUGUCAUAAUUAUUAUUUUAUCGCUAAUUUAACUUUUUUAAAACAUAUAUUUUUAAUGUAAAACUUCUUUUUAUAUCUAACAAAUUAUUUUAGCUCAAUACUUUUAUAUUUUAUUCUCUCGCUUUACAGGUUUAAAAAUUUGUGGCAUGGACUGUCUUCUAUCCGCCGAGUGGAAGUCUUCCAGCAAGAUUAUUGCUCGCACUGGCCCAGGAAAGGGUAAAGGGGACAUAAUCCCAAUUACAAGGUAUGGAGGUAAAGGAAGCUGCACUGUUGGAUUCAGGGGCUAUUUUCUUCAGACUGGUAAGUGAUAUUUUUAUUCGCACGUUUUAAAAUUUCCAAAUGUGUAUAGUCAACAAGUCUCUAUGUGUUUGCUCUAUUUAAUUCACUUGCUCUUACCGGGAAAAGUUCUUUGGUUAAAAAUUUUUUUUUCUGUUAACUUCUUGCCUGAGCAAUUCUUGAAAACUUGAGCAUAGCUCUCCAUAACAUUUCAUUGUCGUUUAUGAGAGGGAACUUGAUUUAAUGCAACGUCCUAUUGACCAAUGUUUGGAGUUCUUUAUAUCGGGGUUUCAGUUAUUUAUGAUUUUUUAAAGCAUCAACAGCUUGUUAAAUCCCCAAUAGACCUCUUUGUUCAUAAGAAUAUUACCCCCCCCCCCCCCCCCCCCCCCUUUGCUCUCUUUUUUGAUGUUUCUACCUGAACCUCAGUGCUUUGUAUUUUGUAUGACUACCUCUACAAAAUAUAUUAAGCUAUAAAAGGAUAAUUUUAUAUACCAAAGUAUAUCCAGGUUGUUAUUGCUUUUUAUUAAAAAUAUUGCAACAUUUGAUUACCAUUUAAUAAUAUUUUUAAAAAAAACAACAACAAAGGACCACUCCAAGAGUCUGCUGUCUGGAUAGAUGAAUCUCAAACUGUGAGGCCAAACUUGGACCAUGGUAGGCCCACAGCUGCCAUGACUGCCAAGGAAGAAGAGGACCCCUUGGGCAUCCUUGAUGAAGGAGACAAGUGAGUUGCAUUGUUACUUGAAUCAAUGUUGUCAUCUUUAUGAAUGUUACUUAACAGAGGAGUACCCCCAUGCCCCCCCCCCCCCUCUCUCUCUUUGUAGAAAUUGAAAUAAAUUGUUUUGAAAUGUUAAAAAUAAACAUGUUUCUGCAUCUUCUACUGCAACUUCAAGUAUAUUUAAUGCUUCCCUAUGUCUCAUACAUUUAUAUGCACCCUAUUAAAGAUAAUGUUAACAUUGAAUUGUUAAACAAUGUUACAGAGCCAAGCUUUCAGAAGAGGAACUGUUGGAUCUAUUUCAAGAUGGUGAGUCAUUUUUUGUAUUAACCUGCGUCCGCAAGGCCAUUGUACUUGAUUAACAUCCAAAUAAGAUAUACAAACACUCAAACUGCUUUAAAAGUUUUAUUUCAAAGCCACAGUCUUCCUUUUUAACCUUGUCUUUAAAAAAAAAUGGUAAUUUCUAUUUUGGUCCCUUCUGUUAAGUUUAAAAAGAAAAUUCUUCCAACGCUACCAUUUUUGUAAGCACGUCUUGGUACUGGCUAGGAUCUUGCCAAUUAAGAUUUCUAAAUUUUUAUCAACUUGUUCCAUUUAGUUUCUAAUUAAUAUUUCAAAAGUUCAUUUAGUUUUAAAUUAAUUAUUUUUUUUGAAAGAUAUUUUUCUUGGUUUAAAUUAAUAUUUUAAUUGAUUUAUUUAGUUAGUUUAACAAAAUCCCAUAUAUUUGUCAGGGUUAAAUUUCAAAAAUGUUUUAAAUUAAAAAAAAGGUAUAUUUACGAUUUACUGUUAAUUAUAAUCAGUAUAAUAAACAUUAUUAGACGAGCAACAAAAAAAAAAACAAACACCUGCAGAGGUAGGGACUCGUUAACCUUGUAAAACAACUCAUCUGAAAGAAGGAAAUCUCUGAAUCCAACUCAAGAGAGGGAGUCCCUUAGGAGGUAUAACAUUAACUCAAUGAAAAUUCUGUCAAAUCCUCCACCGCCCCUGGUGCCAAGCAUAACAUCCACUUGAUCUUCUCUUGGGUCCACCAAUGACAUGGAAAGAGGGUAUUUGCUGACUGGGGAACCAGCUUAUUGUCCUUAAAAAAUUCCAGGCCCUGUGAUUUCAUCUUACAAAGUCUGCACCAUCAUCACAUUUUGAUGGAUAGAGGAAAAAAAAUAAAAUAAUUUUUACAUAAAAUAAGUUAUAGUCAAUGUUACUAAUGAUUUUUUUCUUCAUGCUCAGCUUCAGGUAGCAUGUCACUGGAGAAUUUCUCCCCUGGUUGGUAUUUAAUGGAACACCAUCAGAAUGCCAGGUAUGGAGAGUUUUUACUGGACUAAUGAGCUGUGGCUUGCAAAUAAAUAAAAUAGAAAAAAACAACAAAAACAUUAUGUACAAUUUAUUUGGGUUUUCUCUCUCUGUGCCCAACAAAAGAGAACAUUUUAAAUGAAUCCCAGAAAAUGAGAUAAAUUUGUGUACCUGAAACACCCCAAUAAGGUGGAGCCAGAUUGAAAUUAAAAAAAAUGUGUAGAGAUAUUUGAAAAAUAAAAGGUAUAAGGGUAUCUGAAAUAAAAAGAUAUCAAUGUAUCUGAAAGAAAAAGAUGUAAGGGUUUCUGAAAUAAAAAUAUUUAAGGGUAUCUGAAUAAAAAUAUAUAAGGGUUUCUGAAAUAAAAAUAUAUAAGGGUAUCUGAAUAAAAAUAUAUCAGGGUACCUGAAUAAAAAUAUAUAAGGAUAUCUGAAUAAAAAUAUAUAAGGAUAUCUGAAUAAAAAUAUAUAAGGAUAUCUGAAUAAAAAUAUAUAAGACUAUCUGUGUUAAUUCCUUAUUAAAUUGUUUUUUUAAACAGCGCUUGAAAACACACUUUUUAAGAUUUAGAUUCAUUCCUUAAAAAGUGUUUCUCCUUCUGCUUACAGAACUUGUGUGGAAAGGAUAUCAUUUUUCUUAAAAUAUAUAUCAGUACAAUGUUUGAGAUACUUGUGAAAUAUCUUUUCAGUUUUGAGGAUCUGAAGGCAGGUUUGAACUACAUGAAGAGGAAAGCCAGCCAAAGAUCAGAAGGGCCAAUCACCAUUGUUAGGUCCAAUCUUACUUCCAUCCUUGAUUGUCUAGAAAGCUUAUCAGGUAAUUUGUUUUUAUUAUUAUCAUUGCUCUAUUUCUCACUUAAGACAAGGGCCUCAUAAAAAUGGGAUUUAACCUUUUCUUCUUGCCGUAGGGACCGGCCGGGCUCUCUCGAGCGUUGAAGGACCCGUUGUGAUGUCUGUACACUGUGGACCCAUUUACAAGAGGCACUCACUUUUCUUAUAAUGUCUUGCUAUAAAUUAUCCAAAACAUGAUAAAAUAUUUCAAAUGUCACCUACAACCUGCCUCAGGUGUUCCUAUUUAUGUAUGGCCUGGCCUGAAAAAGCUUCUUCAUGUGCCUUAAUGAUAAAUGCAGCCAUAAUGAUGAAUGCAUUAAUUUAAUAUCACCCUCCAAGCAUAAUUUGACGAUGGCUGCUUGCUGUGUAUUGUGAGAUAACCAGUCAAGUAUUCCUAGGAAUAUACGUUAACUUCAUUUUACUGCAACUUAUUUCCUCUUAAGACCUCCAGGGAUUAAAAAUAAUCUGAUGUAUCAACUAGUAAAAAAUUGAUGUCUUCCACAUAAAUGCAAAUAAAUCAUGUUUUAUUCUCAUCCCCAACAGCCAUGUAUGAGAAGUACACAGAGGAUGACAUACGGGGCAACUGCAUGAACUCAUAUGCUGUACUUUUGAUGCGUGAGUGCAUGGUUUUUUUUUCAAAGUGAAAAUAUAGGCCUUACUUUAUAUGAUCAUGUGAACAGUCAUAUUUGUUUCUUUUCUAUAAAUGAUCCCAUUUUUCAGAUUUUAACAUUUUUACACUUGACUUCUGCAUGUUAGCCACGAUUCAUUAUAAACCUUCAAGUUUAAAGUUUUUAAUAUGCUGUUAUCUCUAUUAUCAAAUUAUAAAAAAAAAGAGGUUAGAUUUCAUUGCACUAGGGCUACAUAGAUAACAAAUAAUAUAUAGCAAAUACUCUCCAGCAAAGAAUACAAAAUACAUGCUCUCCACAGUGCUGAACAUUUCAUUAAUAUCUUCUCAGAGGCCAAGUCCUGCGCCGAUGGUCUAUUUCAGGAAGUUCUUGGCAGGAAGGAUAAGGCUGACUCCACUCGGAAUGCCCUCAGCGUCCUCCAGAAGUUCCGUUUCCUGUUUCACCUGCCUCUAAACAUACAGCGUAACAUUCAGAAGGUCAGUAGCAGGCAAUGGGUCACUUUUGUAUGUUAACAGGCUGAAGUUUAGCUGAAAUGGAUUGCAUCCAACUCAGAAUUACCUGUGCACCAAGUCAAGCUGUGAAUGUUGAUGAUAUAUUAACAUAGAAACUGAUCAGUGAUUUCUUGUAGUCCAGUGAUCCUCAAAUUCCCUGUAUUUCUUAUCUUAUUUAUGAUACCUUACAUAAUUCCAAAAUUUUGUUGUAUUUUAAAAUAUUAUCUUUCACAGUAAUGAUACAUUAAUUCUUUUACUUCCUGUUUUUUUUUUGAAAACCCAACUUCUGGCAAUAACAUUAAUGUCGAACUCGAAACACUUAAGUUUAUGAACUACUUUCUAUAUCUUGUCAUUUCUUCAUUUUUCCUGUCUGCUAAAGAAGGCUCUUAGCCAAAACGUUCUCUUUUUAUUGCCCUGUGUUUAUACUUCAAGCUACCACAUACCUUCUUCUUCCACUACUUCCUUCACACAGCUACCACAUACCUUCUUCUUCCACUACUUCCUUCACACAGCUACCACAUACCUUCUUCUUCCACUACUUCCUUCACACAGCUACCACAUACCUUCUUCUUCCACUACUUCCUUCACACAGCUACCACAUACCUUCUUCUUCCACUACUUCCUUCACACAGCUACCACAUACCUUCUUCUUCCACUACUUCCUUCACACAGCUACCACAUACCUUCUUCUUCCACUACUUCCUUCACACAGCUACCACAUACCUUCUUCUUCCACUACUUCCUUCACACAGCUACCACAUACCUUCUUCUUCCACUACUUCCUUCACACAGCUACCACAUACCUUGUUCUUCCACUACUUCCUUCACACAGCUACCACAUACCUUGUUCUUCCACUAUUUCCUUCACACAGCUACCACAUACCUUGUUCUUCCACUACUUCCUUCACACAGCUACCACAUACCUUGUUCUUCCACUACUUCCUUCACACAGCUACCACAUACCUUCUUCUUCCACUAUUUCCUUCACACAGCUACCACAUACCUUGUUCCACUACUUCCUUCACACAGCUACCACAUACCUUGUUCCACUAUUUCCUUCACACAGCUACCACAUACCUUGUUCCACUAUUUACUUCACACAGCUACCACAUACCUUGUUCCACUAUUUCCUUCACACAGCUACUACAUACCUUGUUCCACUAUUUCCUUCACACAGCUACCACAUACCUUGUUCCACUAUUUCCUUCACACAGCUACCACAUACCUUGUUCCACUAUUUCCUUCACACAGCUACCACAUACCUUGUUCCACUAUUUCCUUCACACAGCUACCACAUACUUUGUUCCACUAUUUCCUUCACACAGCUACCACAUACCUUGUUCUUCCACUACUUCCUUCACACAGCUACCAGAUACCUUGUUCCACUAUUUCCUUCACACAGCUACCACAUACCUUGUUCUUCCACUACUUCCUUCACACAGCUACCAGAUACCUUGUUCCACUACUUCCUUCACACAGCUUUGAACGCAGUCCUUUAUUUAUUAUUAUUUAUUAUCAAUGAUCUUUUGUCAUCCAAUUUUUGUGUGUUUGGUAUUUGAGGGAGGAGGUCUGUUCAGCCCUUCCACUGUCUAUACUCGUUACUUAAGCUACAAUGUUUUUGCAUUCUCAUUAUUUCUUAAAAUGAUAUGGCAAGGGGUAUGACUUUUAGGAAAUUUGUAUCAUCCGCGGCUUGCCAUUUUUGAUCCGUCAUUGUUUACCUUUGACCUCAGGGGGAUUACAACAUGGUCAUCAAUGACUAUGAGAAAGCCAAGAACCUGUUUGCUGACACAGAGAUCAAAGUUUUUAAAAAAGGUAUUCACAUUGUUUUCUGUUUAAAAAAAAAUAUAUUUUUGGAGGUUACGAUUUCACAUCACAACAAAAACAGCAAGAAACAACAAGAACACAAAUCAACAACAACAACACAACAACACAUUGCAGGAUAACUUGACAAAGUUUUGUCUUGCUUUGUUCGGACAUUAUCCUUCCAACUCGGGGGACACAGAGCCAUUCAAUGUAAUGUGCUCAAUUCAGCUCAUUUUCAUCCGCAUCAGUUUUCAGAGAAGUAGAGUGGAGGAUAGCCAACUUCAGAGACAUGUUGUACAAGAGACUUAAGGACCCACAGAACACUUUGGAUGAGCAGAAAAAACUCAUUAGGUAUUCAUGAAAAUGAUGUUUUCUUUUUUUUUACCAGGGGAAAUUUUCCCAUUUGUAUAUAUAUUUUCUUUUUUUUUUUUCGCUGCAUAACAUUUUCUUUCUCAUUUUAAGAAUUUGUAGAAGUGUUUCAUCUUUUAGUUUAUUAUAUAACUGUUAGAGUAAAGAGCUAUGUGUAGGAGUGUGUUUGUACUUGUGGGCACCUGUGAAGCAGUGUGUUCAUACUUGUGGGCACCUGUGUACAGUGUGUUCAUACUUGUGGGCACCUGUGUAGCAGUGUGUUCUUACUUGUGGGCACCUGUGUACAGUGUGUUUGUACUUGUGGGCACCUGUGUACAGUGUGUUCAUACUUGUGGGCACCUGUGUAGCAGUGUGUUCAUACUUGUGGGCACCUAUGUACAGUGUGUUCAUACUUGUGGGCACCUGUGUAGCAGUAUGUUCAUACUUGUGGGCAGCUGUGUACAGUGCGUUCGUACUUGUGGGCAGCUGUGUGUAGUAGAUUUUUUAAAAUAUUUUUAUUUUGUUAGGAAAAAUAAUAUUAAACAUGAUUUCCUCCAGGUAUCUAGUCAGCCUGGAGUAUAAGGGUGACCCCGCCUGGGAGUGCCUGGACAACCAACAGAAGUGGCUGAUAGAGUUGCUGGACGACUGUAAAGAUGACCAUAUAGAAGAAGGUAGGGCCACCCCUUUCCUUCUGCUUGGGCAGAUUCUCAUCAAACUGGUUUCCCCUUCCCAUUGAAACUGUCCGAAAUUCUUGGUUUUAAACUGUUUGAAUCUUGUGUUUACCCUUAUCACAGUGUAACUAUACACAUUCUUGUGUUUACCCUCAUCACAGUGUAACUAUACACAUUCUUGUGUUUACCCUCAUCACAGUGUAACUAUACACAUUCUUGUGUUUACCCUCAUCACAGUGUAACUAUACACAUUCUUGUGUUUACCCUCAUCACAGUGUAACUAUACACAUUCUUGUGUUUACCCUCAUCACAGUGUAACUAUACACAUUCUUGAAACCUGUAAUUAGUAAUUCUGGACACCAACUUCUGUAGAUUUUGUGACCAUAUUUUUGUUUGUUUGUUUUUUUUGUUUUGAGAGAGGUCUGCUCUUUUCUUGCUGCUGUCCCUUUAUGUGGUUGUUUUUGUGAACAUGUCAUUCUUCACCACUUGGUGUUGCUUGAAUUGAAAGCUAAUUAAAAGUGAUCGUAGCUCCAGGAGGUUGUGUGGAAGUUCACAUCUCUAUAAUACAGUGGUUCUCAACCUUUCUAAUGCCGCGACACUUUAAUACAGUUACAUAUGUUGUGGCGACCCCUAACCACUAAAAUAAUUUUGUUGAUUCUUUAUAACUGUACAGUAUAUGUGUUUUCAGAAGGUCUUAUGCGACCCCUGUGAAUAGGUCAUGCGACCCCCAAAGGGGUCACGACCCACAGGUUGAGAACCGCUGCUAUAGUAUGAAGCCUCAGAUUCAUAUAUCUCACGAAUGUUGCCCUUGGUCCUCAGAAAAGAACAGCAUCCAGGAGAGUCUCGCCCAGUCUCAGAGCAGCAACCAGUGGAAGCCGAUUGGCAGGGUCAACAAGUCCCCUACCAAAUCAGGUAUGGCGAUUACGGUGUGCUCUUUGAGUCAGCUGGUUAUGGCUGCCAUCGUCGCGUCUCAAACACUGCUGCAUGGCCCUGCGAGAUUGGCUUUGUGGUUAUAAAUGACCAAGAUGGUUAUAAAGUUAUGGGAUGGUUUUCAAUAUAAAAGGGAUAUUUAAAAAAAGUAAUGUUUGUUUUAUAUUCUUUACCUUGAAUGAUUUAAUUGAAAUGACUGUUUUGUAAUGAAGCUUUCCUUCACCACUUUAGGCCUGUCUAGAGAGUCCAGCUUCUCGUCCCUUUCCUCUGCUGACCACCAAGGUAUCAGUGUUUUACUGAGGAUUUUUCUUUGAAUGUUCACUGUGUUCUUUAAGUUCACUUCCUGUUUGCAUGGAAACUAACAUAAAUUUGCUUUUUCUUUGACACUGUGCCGAUGUAGGUCUCACAUGUUUGUGCUUGAUUCUGUAACCGUUUUACAAUGUGUCGAUGUAGGUCUCACAUCUAACUGCAAUAAAUUUAACAUGGGGCGCUAAAGACUGCUUCACAUGUAGAACUAUUGCAUGUUUUAUUUUUGUUAUUAGAUGAGCCAAAUAACCAUUGUACUAGGUAUAUAUCAUAGCUGUGGGGGGAUAAUACUUUGUACCGCAGGUAGACUACUAAUGACCAUGACAUUUGAUGUCAAGCAGAGGUUGUUGUCCAGUAAAAUGAAAAUUUUAACUGCAGAGUGGUGUAGCACAAUAUCUAUUGUUAUAUCAAGUCUUCCAUUUUCAAUGUAGAAAUUCUGAAUAGUUCAUUUACUGCUGUCUUUCAUAAUCAAACUUUGCAACUUUUGAUGUUCAUCAGAGAAGCUUUAAAACCAACGAGUGAAAACAUGUCAAUAUGUAGAAUAAAUGCUAUGUCAACAGACCUGUUUACUCUUACGAUUUUGGUGUACAAUGUACGAUUUUAAGGUGUAUACAUGAUACAUAUACUGUAUGUUUAUUUUUUUACUAUUAAGAUAAUGUAUUGAUGAUUUUGUGAUGGUAUUGUACGAUUUUAAGAGUUUGGGGGUAAACAGGUCUGUGUCAAUAAAAUAACAACAUGUUGAGUAUCAAAAUUGAUAACAUGUAAGUUUCAGUAUACUAACAAAUUUAGGAUAAAAAAUUCUACUUAAAAAUAGGGGUUCGUGUUAUACGUGCAGGUAAGCAAUUUGUUAAUUUAAUAUAAAAGAUGUAUGCUAAAGCGUAUGCAACGAAAUCUUUGUGACAUUAGGCGACUGGGUGUUCAUUGUGCCUGCCCAUAACACCAGUAAUGUUAGUGGUAUCCCUUUGAAGGGAUGUUAGCAUAGUUGUAUCGGCAUGAGCACAGUUCAUUUUAAAUAUAAUAACUUAAAGGAUUUUGACAUUUUUAUUUAAUAUAAAUAUUUUUUUACUUAAUUCAUAUGUUACAAUUAAUAUGUUAUGGAACAAGAUUAACAGAUUGCAUUAUACGAGGAUAUUGCAUUUUAGGUAUUUUUUCAUUAAAAAAUUGUUUUACGCAUUAAUAUACGGUAGGUAAAAUAUCAAAGUGUCAAGUCAAUGAAAUGUCAAGUUAUGUAGUAAAUAAAUUUUCAAUGUUUUAGGGUAAAUCAACAUCAUGGAGACGAGUCAUGUUCCAAGUUGAACAAUCCCCUUAGAGAAGGUUUAAAGUCAUAUAAAAAUUAAAAUGUCAGCCAACCUUAUAACCUUAUGGUAUCCACAGCCUCCUGGAAGUUCAAGACCCCACAGAAGGUUUUAUUCAUUGAGGACAUCACUGACAUCAUGCUGCAGCAUUUCCCAGACUAUUGGAGGCUUGGCCAAAGCUAUUUUACAAGGGAGGCGAGUACCAAGUUCUUUUGUUGUUGUGCAUUUGCGUUUGUUUCAUCUCAGAAUCAAAUAUUUUGUUGCUAUCUACGGAUGUAGCAGGCAAUUUGUGUCGUUGAAUAGCUAAUGUAAAACUGGGAUACGUUUAAGAUUUUAUCAUUGAAUAGCUUAUGUAAAACUGGAAUACAAUUUUAUUAUUGAACAGCUAAUGUAAAACUGGAAUACAAUUUACCUUUGAAUAGCUUAUGUGAAAGUGGGAUACGAUUUUAUAAUUGACAUUCAUGCGGCCCAUUUUGAUAUGAAUGCCUUAAUUUGUUUCUUUUUCAGAAAACUGAAAAAGGAGUGAAAAUUGACACAAGUAAACAUGGCAAAAUGAAGGUAAAAGGGACAACGUGUAACUCUUAUGACUUAUGAAAAUCUCAAUGAUUCUCUUUCUUCCAAAAUCUUUAUCUAUAAAUUGCACAACAUGCAAUAUGGUCUUGGAUAAUAUUUCAAGUUCACAUGUAAAACUUCAAUUGAAAUCUACCCAUGUUAACAAAAAUGAAUGUUAAGCUUUUAAGGGGUACGAAGUCCAGAUAAAUUUUUAACUUUUGAUGCAACCCAUCUCAUCUGCCUAACCGACUUUUUAUUAAUGGUGUAAACCUUCAAUUUAUUUAUUCCAAAUUGAAACAUUACUACAUUUUCAACAAUUCACCGCCUUGACCAUGGUCCAGUCCACACCAACCAGUGUUAGUACAAUGUAAACAUGCCAACAGUAGUGAGUGUCUGUUUUCCAGCAAAUGAUGGCCGAGGUCAUCACAUUAUUUGCCAAUUACGUCAGAGCUGCAUUCCUGCCAGAGUCACUGGAGAACCUGCCCGAUGUGGAGAGAGAAAAGCUGGGUGUGUGGCCCACCUCCGCUAAACAGGAACAUGUAUCUGGGUCAUGGCUUCCCACCUGUGUGCGAAAUAUCAGGUGGGUCACAUUAACCAUAAAACAAAGUCCAGAUAACUUUUGAUGUACCGGUAAUCCAUCCUAACCCACUUUUUAGUGAUAGUGUAAGCUAAGAAAAUAAUAAAACAUUUUUAAUUGUAACUCUGAUAAAGUUAAUUUUAGACCUAUUUACCUAUUGUAUGAUUUGAAAGUACAUACAUUUACCUAUUGUAUGAUUUGAAAGUACUACAUUUGCCUACUGUAUGAUACAUUUGCCUACUGUAUGAUUUGAAAGUAUGUACAUUUUCCUACUGUAUGAUUUGAAAGUACAUACAUUUUCCUACUGUAUGAGAUACAUUUUCCUACUGUAUGAUAUGAAAGUAUGUACAUUUGCCUACUGUAUGAUUUGAAAGUAAACACAUUUUGCCUACUGUAUGAUUUGAAAGUAGGCACAUCUGCCUACUGUAUGAUUUGAAAGUAGGCACAUUUGCCUACUGUAUGAUUUGAAAGUUAGUGUCUCAUGCUGGUUGUUCCAGGAACUGCGCCAACACAUUGUCAGCCCUUGACAGCCAUGGGGACUCAUCUAUGAUUGUUCUCAAUGAACUGGCUUUUGACAUGCGCACAAACUGUAUGUUCACACUGUUAAAACAGGCCAUAUCAGGUGAGUCUGGGAGCUGGCAUAGUCACUCUCUAAGUGUGUGGGUGUAUAACUUACCUAUUUAUGUUGGAGGGGACCCCAUAGACAUUAUAAUCUUUUUUUUAUCAUUUGAUUUUAGGUUACGGCUUGUAUCAUUUUUGUCUCAGUAAUAUUUUGUUAUGGUCCAAGUCAUUAUUUAUAUAUUUCAAAGUUCAGUGUAAACAAAAGAUGUGUAUUCAAAAUGUUUAUAUGUGCUCUAGUUAUACACUAGUUGUUUCAAGUGCACACUGCGAACACGACCCCUUACAUCGAAUGAAUGUGUUUUGUUUGGGAUGAUUAAUCAGGAGCUGGAGGCAUCCAAACGAGCCACUAUUUUAGAUUUUAUAAAUGCAAAAAAAAAAAAAAAAAAAAAAAAAAAAAAAAAAAAAAAGAAAACAAACAACCAACUAAUGUACCGUAACACUGUUCACUUGGCUGGUUUCCUCAGAUGUGAAAUGUUUGCACACCAAGGAAACUUGGGUUGUAGAAACAGAUGACGAGUCAGGCGGAACCACACAACUGGUAAAUUUAUUGAAUCUUUUCAGUCCUCGCUUGUGAAACAUUAAGAGAAUCUCAAAUCAGAUUUUAAGGACACCCCCCAUCCUUCCCAAAAAGUGCUUCACUUCAAACUUCUUCAUUCAAAUAUUUUCCGAUCCCUCCAGCCGGCUCUGUUUGAGAACAUUGUGAAUGAAACUGUCCAGCAUCUCCAUGAAGUGGUGGUCAUGAACAGGGCGCCGGAGCCAGAGGUCAGUGGUUGUACUUUCCUCUUAUUGUUGGGUGUAUUGUGAUGGUGGUAUUACGGAACUGAACUUGUUUCAAUGGCUCUCGUGCAUACUAAACUCAAUGAAACCUGCCUAUAAAUGAAGCCGUUAAAAGGAUUCAUUGUUUUAAAUGGUUAUGUCACAGUAAGGAUCUGUAAAUUAUCGUGGUGAAAAAUCACUUGAACAAAUUUUUUUUACAGUGUAACCUAAUCAACUAUCUAUUAUUAAAAAAAAUAAUAAUUCCACGCAGCCUGUACAAAACGUAGUGGGUGUUUUUAUUAUCGUAAUUUCAUCAACUCACAUUAACACACAAAAAAACACUCCUGGUGUUUUGGAUACAUUGAACGUUGAUUGCUUGUUGCAGAUAUUUAGCCAGCGCCCCAUACAGAAGGAAGCCACCGUCUUGUGUAGCCAGCUGCUUCAAGCUUUCUCCGUGUGCAUGGAACAGCUCGUCUUUACCCCACCUCUCCAGAAGACGGAAGCCAAACCGUGAGUGUCGGCUGAUUCUGCUUGUUUUUUCAUUUUUUUUUAAAAGCUUUCAUUCUUGAGAAGUGUGGUUGGGUGUUUGAAGUGAGUUAAGCACUGGGAUAGAGAUUUAUCCUUGGCUAAACCGUUUAAGCACUGGGAUAGAGAUUUAUCCUUGGCUAAACCGUUUAAGCACUGGGAUAGAGAUUUAUCCUUGGCUAAACCGUUUAAGCACUGGGAUAAAGAUUUAUCCUUGGCUAAACCGUUUGUUACAUUUUAACUUUGGGUCAUUGAACAUAGUAAUUAAAAUAAAAGUCACAGAAAUUUUAUUCAUUAAAAUGAUUUCUAAAUCGUUAUUAUCCGACAAAACACCCCCCAAUAUCUAUUAUAUUCUCAAAAAUAAGUGAGUGGAAUAGCUGAUAUUUUUGUAUGUUCACGUGUUCUGUUGUUUACCGUCAGAGUGCCCUUACCUGUUUUCUUCCGUCCUGUUUCAGCAAUGUCAAGAUCACACUUGGACAGCUUGAUGUAGAACUAGACCAGCAUGAAGAUUCCAUUCCCUCAUUGGUAACACAAACAAAAUGUCAUCCAGAUAUUCUUUAAGAUUAUUUAUAUUUUGUUAAAAAAUGCGGAGAGUUGUUCAUUGCAAAAAAAAAAACAAAAAAAAAACAACUACUCAAUUACAUGUGCAUUUAUUAAAUACAUACCGGUAUUACAGAUGAAUAUAAAUAAAUAAGAAACAAAAAAACCUGUAAAUGCAAAUAUCCUUUUGACAAACAAUGUUCGGAGGCGUAAUAUAAGACACUACACCCCCCUCCCCCAAAUAAAAAAAUUUCAUAAAAAAAGUAAUAAGCAGCUUCUUCGUAUCACUUUAGUUGUAAAAGAGAUAAAACAUGUUAGAUUUGACCCCCGCCAAGUGCAUCGGCCCGCCCUCCAUAGUGAAAUAAAAUGUCCUGUGCAUUGCAAAGACAAGUAUGCAAAUCAUUAAUAUCAUAAACAUCCUUAGACCAGUUGAAUCUUUUGUCACAACAAAAUGAGUAAAACAGAGUAGGGUUAAACCUGAAAAAAUAAACGCAACAAAACAGCAAGCAUGAACACCGCCAGCCGGGUCAAUUGGAACACAGACUUAUCCUGACUUACGGCACUUUGACGCCAGAUGGGAUUAAUGUUAUGUCUCUGUUCACAGCUUGACCUUAGCUCCGCCCCUCCACGUUCUGACCUAUCACAGUGAAUUUUUUUCUAACCCUUUUUUUCGCCGCUGCAUAAUUUAAACUCUCACUCACUUUCCUUCUGCCACACUUCUAUUGCUGCCCACAGACACUACUUACCAGCUAAGUGCUAUUUCUUAUUUUUAUUUUUAUACCGUUUUUUCUGCUGUUUUGUUAGCUGACGAAGGCUUUCUGCCGAUCCGUUAAUUUUUUUUCUUCUGUUUUGUUGCGUUUAUUUUUUCAGGUUUAACCCUACUCAGUUUUGCUCAUUUUAUUUUGUACUAACCUGAUUGCAGUCUCUCCCCUUAUUACCCCUUGCAGUCUCUCCCCUUAUUACCCCUUGCAAUCUCUCCCCUUAUUACCCCUUGCAGUCUCUCCCCUUAUUACCCCUUGCAGUCUCUCCCCUUAUUACCCCUUGCAGUCUCUCCCCUUAUUACCCCUUGCAGUCUCUCCCCUUAUUACCCCUUGCAGUAUCUCCCCUUAUUACCCCUUGCAGUCUCUCCCCUUAUUACCCCUUGCAGUCUCUCCCCUUAUUACCCCUUGCAGUCUCUCCCCUUAUUACCCCUUGCAGUCUCUCCCCUUAUUACCCCUUGCAGUCUCUCCCCUUAUUACCCCUUGCAGUCUCUCUUCCCUUAUUACCCCUUGCAGUCUCUCCCCUUAUUACCCCUUGCAGUCUCUCCCCUUAUUACCCCUUGCAGUCUCUCUCCCCUUAUUACCCCUUGCAGUCUCUCCCCUUAUUACCCCUUGCAGUCUCUCUCCCCUUAUUACCCCUGAAUCUCUUGUUACAAGCUCCUGUUUACAAAGGACAGUUGAUGGCCCAGGUUAGUCUAGGGGUAAUUAGUAACAACACCAAGGAGGCCAAAGAAAGCGUUACAAAGACUCACUGAAAGUGGCACUAAAGGCCUUCAGCAUAAAUGCUACUCAAUGGAUGCAGACAGCCCAGGACAGAGCCAGAUGGAGAGGUUCUGUCAAGAAGGGGGCUAAAUCCCAUGAAGCUAAGAGAAUAACCACAGCUGAGACACGCAGGCUUGUCCGAAAGAGCAACAUUAGGUCAUCGUCUGAAGCAACUAUUCCAUGCCCACGAUGUCAUAGAUUAUUCCGAGCAAGGAUCGNUAAGAGAAUAACCACAGCUGAGACACGCAGGCUUGUCCGAAAGAGCAACAUUAGGUCAUCGUCUGAAGCAACUAUUCCAUGCCCACGAUGGCAUAGAUUAUUCCAAGCAAGGAUCGGUCUAACAAGCCACCUAAGAGCUCACCAUAAUCCCCCCCCCCCGCCCGCCCCUAACCGGAUGAUUCGAUGGUCCUUGUCGACUUCGACGGAUGAACAACAACAACAGCAACAACAACAGUAACAACACCAAGAUCAAUAGUUGAUAUGGUUCUUUAUUCAACAAUGAAAUCCACAGUGUUCCUUCUCCCUGCAUACUAACUACCAAAACCAUAACAACAUACACUAUCAUCUCUCAUGCCCCCCCAAAAAAAGUCACCAAAACUAAAUAGCAACAGCUAAACAACAAAUCUCCACAUCAAACACACUUACUAGCUAAUCAAGUAUUACAAAACACAAACUGAUGGAACAAGUCAUUAACAUCUUUCCCCCAUGAUGGAUGUCCAGACGGUUUUAUCAAGAAUUCGCCCCGAGACGAGAAUUCCGAUGUGCUGGACCACUCGCCAAAUCAUUUUUUAUAUUUUUUUAAAACUAAAAGUUAAAUUUUUUUGUCUCUCACUCAGAACUGGAAACUUUUGCUGAAGUGCUUCUAGCUUAGACUAUGUUAUGUUGGGACGCUGUACUUCUUGAAAGACCUCAGCUAGAUAUACAAACAUGCCAGAAAGGCAGAGUGGACUUGGUUCAGAUUAGAAAAUAUGAUUUGAACCUUGAUGUUAACGCUAUAUUACUUUGAUUGAAAAACACAGAAAUAUUUUAUAACUGCCUCACACGGCCUGGGAUUUAAGUACCGGUAUUCUGGGGCACAGGGCUGUUUGAAAAAACCCCUUGCCUCAGACACACAUUCAUUUUUCAUUUCCUAGUCAAUAAGAUGGCACUUGUUCAGUUUGUUUUUUUAUUUCUUUGAUCAGGACAAGCGGCUCAUCAUCAUGUUAAGCAACUGCAGUCACACCCAGUUUGUCGUGGUGCCAAGAAUCAUAGAAAAUCUCACCAAGCACGGCUACGUGGAGAUGGAGAAAGCCUUGAAGGUGGGACUCAGAGACAGUGGCUUAUGAAGGGUUUGGGGGGGGGGGUUGCGGAGGGGUCAGCACCAACCCUAGCUGCGCCAUUUUUUAGAGGCAUCUGCUGUUUUUUCAAAACGACUGACUUUCUUUGCAUUUCUUGCUUUAAUUAAAUGUGAUAUUUCCCCCCUCAUCUUACUCUUACACAUUGUGUGAAUAAGACUUACAGGGCUUAAUAUUGUGUGUUUCUCAUUUAGAUGAUCUCAUUUGUUUUCCCUCUAAUCACUGAGUCUGAGUGCAUUGAAUAAUUGAUAUAACUUAUAAUAAUAAGUUGUUCUGCUAUUUUGGUUACAUUGGCUAAACAACAGAGAUGACAUAUGUUCAAGCGAUGCUAUACCACUGUCCGCAAUCUAAUGCCCAUGACCAAACUAUUACAUUCAGUGCCACUGAAUAGUUUGUUGUUUCCUUCACUUCCAUCUCAAGGCCGCCCAACACACCUACAGUGAUCUGGACAGCCGGCUGUUCACCAGCUACAUUGAGCAGAAAUCUGACCCCAUCCUGGGUGUCAUGGAGCACAACAUGUACAAAGGUAGUUUCAGCUGGAAGACCUGGAAGAACACCACCGAGGUGCGCAACUACCUGAAGGAGAUAAUCAUGAGUCUCAUCGAGGUCCAUGCGGAGGUCAGUAACUCAAAGCAGAAUUAUUUUUUGUCGACUCCUAAUAAAAAGUUUAAUAAUGAUCUCAUCCCCCACCAAUUGUAAAGCACUUAGUAUUUAUAACAGAAUUAUUUCCCUUACUUAGGUGUACAGCAUAUCCCCAAAGUUUGUGAUGCGGGUCAUGAAGAAAAUCACGGAAGCUGUUUCUGAGGAACUUUCCAGACUCAUAGAGUGUGUGCAGGACUUCAACGCGGGGGGAGCCAUUCAGGUGAGUGUCUAGGCAUUAGAACCCCUGAGAGUCUUGGGAUGUGGGUAUGUUCCUUUGUUAUGAAUGAGAAAGAGAGUUCAGUAGUGAAGGGGAAGAGUUUAUAUAAAUUAAGACAAAGAGAAGGUCACUUAAGCUACAAACAAACCUGAUGGAUUUGUGUUUUAUAAAUUAAUGCCCACCAGAGGUGGCUUCUGUCAUUGUGUAUUAAAUUUGUGUGUGUGUGUUAGUGUCAUUAGCCUACAAGCGAUAUUUGUUCCAGAGAAUUCCUAUAUUUUUCUUGUAGGGAAAUGUCCUUAUCAUUGUAACUAAUUUUCAUAUCAAUCAAACAGGCCAGGCUUGAGCUGGAGGCACUGCAGAACACUGUCCGCAUUUACAGCACACCACACGUCCAGUGAGUGACUCUAGCAAUGAUAAGUUUUCUCAUCAACAGGUCACCGUAACUGUUGGGUGUCAUUUCAACAAAUUCCGUUUUGACAAAUGUUCCAUUGCCUCUUACUAAACCCAAAUUUUAAAAUGUUAUCAAAUUUUUCUGCAUUUACCUGCACUUAUUAUUUUUUCUUUUUUAAAAAAUUAAUAAAGAUUUUUUUGUGGUAAAAUACUUGUGAAAAAAAUCUUCAUUUUAAAUGUAAUUUUUUUUUCAGGGCUUGUUUCAAAGCGGCUUUCGACUGCAUUCCUGAAUUAUCCGAUGAAGGAAAAGAGUAAGUGACAAUUUUAUUACAGCAUUACAACAAAAGUGAUCAUAAACACAUUUGAAUGAAGAAACAAAAAGCAGGUACAAAAAAUUAAGGCGCACAUUUAUUCUCAUGAUAAGAAAUAAAUUUGUUUUGACAGAAAAUGUUAUUCUAUCCCAAUCAAAGAAUUCGAAAUGGCAAACGUCAGAUGAGAAUAUUAAUUCAUCUCCGAGAACUAAUUUUAGGAAUAUGGCUUCACUGUCUUUUAGCCACCUUUAUUAUUUGUUGUAGUGACUCCUUGUUCAGUAAAUGUUUCUUUGCCCAUUUUUUCUUUAAAAAACAUUUACUUGGUUACAUAGUACAAACGUAUAUAUUUUUACAUUUUAUUUAACGCCUUUGAUAAUUGAAAUUUAAUUUGGGCUUCCCAACCUUGUGGUCUCAGUAAACCAGUGUAUGGUACUUGUUCAAGUGUCAUAUGAAAAUGAUAUGUGUCUUAACAUGACUAUAUUUGUAUCCCUCAACGAUUAUUAAUUAUUAUCUGAAUACAUAAAUAGGUAUAAAUAGGUAUAAAUAGGUAUAAAUGAAGAGUUGGUUUUCAAAAUGCUCCAUUUUUUGGGUUUUGAGAUAUUCAACUGAAGAGUCCAUUUUCAAAACGCGGUAUCCACAAUUUUUGAAAAAAAAUGAGAUAACCGUACAUUCUUGUAGAGCAAACCAGGUUCCUUCAGACCCAUUUCCCAAACCUGAUUGUACUUCAACCUCUACAUGGAACAACAAAAAUCAUCUUUUACUGUUUUAGAAUUAGAUCUUUCUUUAGGUUGGAGGAAGAGGAAUAUUCAACAACAAUAUAAUUAUAGUUUCUGAAAUCACAACUCAUCUUUUGUUGCAGGGUUGUUAGCAAACUUUUGGAUAAAUUCAGAUCCAGAAUGAAAAUUCAGCUGAUGUGUUUCCAGCAGGAGAUGUUCACGUCCACUGUAAAGAAAGCAAAUCUCACCGACUCGCUGUGCUAGGUUGAAUGUGUAGUGUACUACCAGCACUUGCUCUCUGUGCUAGUUUCAAUGUGUAAUGUGCUGCAGAACUGACUAGGUGUGCUAGGUUGAAUGUGUAAUGUGCUAUCAGCACUGACUUAAUUUACUAGGUUGAAUGUGUAAUGUGUUAUCAGCACUUACUGGCUGUGCUAGGUUGAAUGUGUAAUGUGUUAUCAGCACUUAUUGGCUGUGCUAGGUUGAAUGUGUAGUGUGCUGCCAGCACUGGCUGGCUGUGGCAGGUUGAAUCAGCAUUGAAUGUGCUAUCAAUGAGACAUUGUAACCCACGAGUUAGAGCUGUGAAAAGUUGGCAAAAAAGUGGAAGGCUAAGUCUUAAAAUAAAUUAUAUUUUAUUUUAUAAAAAGUGUGAUAAAUGUGGGAAUGAUCUAUUAAUAGGAAGGUUACAUCCUAAAUGUAAGCAGUGAUUGUUGUAAUGGGUCCAUUGCCCAAGUAAGCAGUGAUUUUUGUAAUGGGUGCAUUGCCCAUGUAAGCAGUGAUUGUUGUCAUAGGUCCAUUGCCCAUGUAAGCAAUGUCUUGCAUGUCAUAAUCGCUCAUUCGGCACAUCAUUCACUAUUGUGAUAUUAAUAAUGUAAAAAAAUUAAUUAUAAUACCAUGAAACCUCCCCCUCUCCCAUUUUGGUGUUUGCCCGUUGUUUCACCUGACAUCCAUUUCAAUUCAAUUGGAACAUUUUAUUAAUAAUGUAUAUUAUUUUGAUGCUUGAAUAAAGCCAUUUUGUAAAGUCUAACUUUUACUUGGCUUGUAUGUCUUGAAAUACUUGAA